AUGUCAAAUGUUUCCAAACCGCAAAAAAGUCAGAGAAACCCGAAGUGUGCCAGAUGCAGAAAUCAUGGAUUCAUUGUUCAACUCAAGGGACAUUCUGGGCAGUGUCAAUUUCUUAAAUGCAACUGUUGGAAAUGUUCUCUGAUUGCAGAGAGAACGAAAAUAAUGGCAUUCCAAAGACGGAUCAAGAAAACUAACAAAGAAGAAUCAGCACUUAAUUUGGCGUGGUCAAGGCCGGGUGAUACAGCGGUUGAUGGCACUUUGAGCGGCCGGGAGGAAAGCGCUCAUCUGCCCGACACAUCUGGGGUGAUGUCUCCUGGCCCUGGAACCCGUACAGAGACAGUCAUCAAGAUGCCACCACAACGGUUUAAAGAGGCAGACGGCAGGACCUAUGCGGAGAUGGAGGUCCCCAUGGCAGCAGUGGCCGACGACAAGUCUGCCAAGGAUGGCCUCGGCCCAUGGAACACCCCUGGAGGUGGUGAUCAUCAUCGUGUGGAAGAUGGUCGUUAUGGGGCACCUUGGAGUGGGAUUCAGGAUGCGCCUUCAGUGAUGAGUCGAAGUAAGUGGAUCAUUAUUUUGUUGAGUAACUUCACUCAACAUGCAUGUGUUUUUGUAGCGCCAGCUAUAUUCUUGAAAAACAUAAUAAUAAAAACAAUGAUAUACAUUUUAAUAUUGUUGAUAAACGUUCUCAACUCGGUAGCUAGCUGACAUGGUUAACGUUAGGUAGCUAGCGAAUUUAACAGCUCUAAUUUGGCGCCUUUUUAUUGUCUUGUUGGGAUACGUUUCUGCGGUUUUCUAUAAAUGAGUAUGUAGCCUACACACAAUUCUGUAUGUACAACUCGCACGUACAUUAUUUCUUUACUUCUCUCCUCACCACAGGCGGCCCACAUUUCCCCAGCGACUAUGUUAUAGCGGAGGUUGGCGGCCAGAGAGACAUGUACUCUGGAGAAAUGGUGGCCAUGCAGUUCCCCUUCAAGUUCUACUCGCGUUACCCCAAUGGCUAUGCGGCUUGUCCGGCCAUUCUGGUGAACAUGCCGCUGCCACCACCAGGGUCUUUCAAGGUCGGACAUGGUCCAAUGGGUUUUCCUCACUUUCCACCACCUGGCCCGAUGCACUACUCACCUGAGCCAGGUCCUAUCAACGUAAGUCCAAAAAUCAUUAGAAUUAAAAAAUAUAUAAUUAAGUAAAUGUGCUGUCAAAAUGGGCUUUACAGUUGAUGCCAUUACAGUAUGGCCUAUGACAUGACAGAUUAAAUAUUUGUUAUACAUACUAUGACAUGACAGUGCAUAGUUAUUUUGGUGAAAAUUAACACUGACAAAAAGGAAGUUUGCUUGUAUGUGAAUGUGUAUGUUUUGCACCCAGGGUGGCAGAGCGCCCUUUGCCCCUCACCUCCCUGGCACUGACAUUCGUCCUGGAAGCUACCCGGAGGAGCUGGUUCGGAGGUCGCAUCCACCACCACAGCCUUCUCUACCUAAGGACAGAGAACAUGGAACA